AUGCAGCACAACACUAAGCAAGGUCUAAUAUUCCUUGCAUUCUUGAUCGUCUGUGGAGGAGGUAUCGCCACCGCCUUUGUCCUUGUGCGCAACUCCCAUAACAAGCAUCCGCAGUCCGGAAAGCGUGAAAUGGCAGGCAUGAAUCCAUACAAUAUCUACGCCAGGAGUCUUCCUACAAACGCUUUGACUUCUAGACAUAGUGUACCCGAGAGAAACGAAUCCACCCAACUUCACCCCUCCCAUACCCAUCAUAACACAUCGGCUCAAAAUCGCAAUAGGCAUCGCUCAUUUACUCCAGAAAUAAAACUUGAUAAUCCAGGCAGUCAAUUUGUCACCAUUCCGACUACUACAGCUACAUCAGCCAACGUACAACCGUUAUCAGCCGCUGCUACUAGUAGUGCUUCGUCUAUCGAUAUUUACUCAUCCUUCACAGUGGAAACCUUGAGUACUUUAUCGGCCGCAGCAGGAUUCCAGAACACUGCUGCUUCGUCAUCAGAUUCAAGUUUCGACGCUGGCCCGAUUUCCACAACUCCAUCGAGUCCGCAGCCAUUGGCCACGACUGUUAGUAGACACAGCCAUCCUCGUAAGUUUCGAGGUUGA